CAUUAAUUUACAUCAACUCAGUGAGGUUUAGCUGUGAGAAAUAUGGAGAUUAUGAACACUUGCUUGGGGGCACUGUGUACUUGCAUCCAGCACCCUACUGUCAGAGAAAAACUGAGCUCCAUUACAAGCCCAAAAGAAUUUUUGGAUGAGGCGGAGAGGAAAUUUCAAGAUCUCAAGGAUAAUUGUGUCCUCCGAGAUGAGGAAUUAGUGGCCAAUAGACCUGGGAUGCAACUCACAGAUCAAGUUCAAAGAUGGCAUGACAAGGUACAUCAUCAAGAGAAACAAAAUAUGAUAAAUCAAAUGAAGGAUGACUACAACGGUAGAGACUGCCUUCUUGGAAGUUACUCUCUCAAUUUGUGGGCUAACUACAAAAUUAGCCAAAGUUCAAUCAAGUUACUCAAAGAGAUCAAUAACUUAAGGACUGAACAUGAUGCUUUCCAAGAAAUAACAAAAACACAAUCUCCAAGAGCAGUUGAGGAGAUCCUCACUUCGACAAUUCAUGUGGGCAACAUAAUAAAGUUAAAUCUUUGA